CCUUUUUUAUCUUUCCCCUUCCCCGUCUCUUCCCUACGGCUCUGCCCGUUCCCCGGAACUUGCAUAUCAGGUCCCCCCAAUGGAAUCAUCCCAAGCCUUCUCUCUAUCCCGGCGAGCAGUCGCUAUUGCGAUGCCUCUGUUGGCUCGCGACGACUCGGAUUCCUCGUCUGGCGAGAAGCCCGUCAGUAACUUCCUCAAGAGCGGCGUGCCAGGUAUCAUCGUUGGCAUAUUCUUCCUAAUCGCAGUCUCUGUAUGCUGCUAUUUCCUUUGGCGCAACAAAAAGCGAGAUGCCAAAGAAGCCGCGGCGGUACGAGACUGGAAUGAUGCAUGA